UCUGCCGAGGCCAUCGCAUUUUCUCUGAGCUCUCUCUCUCCAAACACACGCAGUUGUACGCCUACGGAUUUCUGCAGAUUAUUCUGCUCUAUAAGCUCUUUCUUUUUGAAGAUGGAAACUGAAGGCACUGGUGGAAUGGCAAAACGAAUGAAGAGUUCUGUUGGAGAAAAGGAGUUAGCCCUGCAAGAUGGAUCUACGGUAGAGGUUUCAGCUGAAGAUAAUGUCGUAACUUCGAAUUCCGAACUGGUGGAGAUGGAGAUCUCUCACAUCCUUGAAAAGAUCAAUAACUUCACUCAGAUGGUGUCAGAGCUACUAGAAUCAGGGAAGUCAAUGCUGAAGGAACUGAGCAAUGAGUUUGAAGAACGCAUGAUUUUAAUACACAAGGAGCAGAUGGAAAAGUGGCAGGAGGAGAUCAAGGAACUUCGAGCACUUGACACUGCAAAUGAGGAAACGGAUGCUCUGCUGCAAAAUGCUAUAUAUCUAAUUCAGAACAUUCAUGGUGGCUCUGAAAGUUAGUAAUCAUGAUAAUCGAACAGAAGAUCCCAUUUCGUCAACAUCGAUUUGUAGCUUUUGGGAUAAUAGUAGUGGUAUUAAUAUUACUGAAAUCUUGUAUCAGGUUCUAGUAUAUGAUGUAGUGUUGUUGGUCAGAUAAAUCUUGGGAUUAGAACUAAAGAAUGAAUAUCAUUACUCCACUUUCUUCUUUACAGUAAGAGAUAUA